CAUCCCAAGGUCUGACCUCACGCUCCUCGCUUCCUGUUUGAGUCUGGCAGCUGGAAAAAUGGCUGCGGACACAAGCAAAUACAGGAGUUCUGUAAACAAAAACAAAGACCCCUCAGGUCUUCUCAUCUCUGUCAUUAGGACUCUGUCCAGCAGUGAUGAUGUGCAGGACAGAGAGACAGAGAAGGGUCGCCUGGAAGAAGCUUUUGAAACAUGCGACAGAGAUUUAGACAAACUUAUUGUUCUGCAUUAUGCUGAACUCACCACAGCCAUCCGGACCUAUCAGAGCAUCACAGAGCGCAUCACCAGCUCCCGCAACAAGAUCAAACAGGUGAAGGAGAACCUCUUGUCAUGUAAAAUGUUGCUCCACUGUAAAAGGGACGAGCUGAGAAAACUGUGGAUCGAAGGCAUCGAGCACAAGCAUGUCCUUCAGCUGCUGGAUGAGAUCGAGAGCAUCAAGCAGGUUCCUCAGUGCUUGGAGACCUAUAUGGCAAGCAAACACUACCUUCAUGCUACCGACAUGCUGGUGACAGCGGUGGAGUCUUUAGAAGGCCCCUUGCUGCAGGUUGAAGGACUUGGAGACUUGCGCCUGGAGCUCAAAAACAAGAAGCUUAACAUGCAUCUGGUGCUCAUCGACGAGCUGCACAGACACCUUUACAUUAAGUCUACAAGUCGCCUUGGACACAAGAACAAGGACAAAAAUGCUGCUCGUCUUCCAGGGUCCAUGACUAAAGAAACAUCUCCAUUGCCUGUGUUGGAAGUCAGCGGCCUGUCGACUCCACGGAAGCUUUUGGAUUCUUCACAGUUUAGCACGCCUGGAUCUAGCAGCGUGCGCGAGCUGCAGCAGGACAUCCGAGAACUGAGCCAAGCAGAUCUGUCAGAGGUGGAUCCAGAGGAGAACAGCGCUGAGUUCAUGGGCAUCCUUAUCAGGGCUCUAGCCAAAUUGAAAAAACUCCCUGAAACCAUCAAAGCCAUAAUGGAGCGGCUGGAGCCAGAGCUCAAACAGAUCGUCAAGAGAUCCACAACUCAGAUAGCAGACCAUGCUUACCAGAGGGGAGAGAGCCUGGCUCAGGAGAGCCAGCCAAGGCUGCUGCUGGAACUGUUGGAGCUGCUGUUUGACAAGUUCAAGGCGGUGGCCCAGGCUCACAGUGUGGUGCUGGCCCACAUGCAGCAGAUUGCUGUGCACGGUCCAGGUGGAAAGCACGAAGAGGACAUCAAGCUGUAUGAGCAGGCUGAUGUUUCAGCUAAAAUCCAGGCCGUGCUGCAGGUUCUGCUGAUGGAGUACCUGGAUGUGAAAAACAGCCGCAGCUCCUCAGAACCUUCGGCACAGCUCGCCUAUGCCAGCACGGGCAGUGAGUUUGCUGCCUUCUUUGCAAAGAAAAGACCACAACGUGUCAAGCAGUCCCUUUUCAAGUUUGAAUCAUCUUCCCAUGCCAUCAGCAUGAGUGCCUAUCUGAGAGAGCAGAGGCGAGAGCUCUACAGCAAAAGUGGGGAAUUACAAGGAGGUGCUGAUGACAACCUCAUUGAAGGAGGAGAAAUGAAGUUUGUGUGUAAGCCAGGAGCGAGGAACAUCACUGUGAUCUUUCAGCCUCUUCUCAGAUUCAUUCAGGAGGUGGAGACAAACAUGGGGCCAGGUCAAGCCAAACAGUGCCAGCUCCGAGCUUUUCUCACCUACUACAUUCAUGACCUUUUUCUCAACCAGGUGCGGACAGAGAUCAACAAGGAAAUUGAGGCAGUCAGUAAGGUUGCUGACCCCUUGAAGAUUCUUGCCAGUGCUGAUACCAUGAAACUCCUGGGCCUUCAGAGACCAGUGCUGCAGAGCACAGUGGUUGUGGAGAAAUCCAUCCAGGAUCUGAUGAGCUUGAUGCAAGACCUGAGUGCCUACUCCAACCAGUUCCUUGAGAUGGUUUGUGACAAGCUCAAGGAAUACAAGGAAAUCUGCAACACAGCAUAUAGGGGUAUCGUCCAGUGUGAGGAGAAGCUGACCAUCAGUGCUUCCUGGUCUAAAGAUGAGGACAUCAGUCGUUUGCUCCAGUCCCUCCCUAACUGGGCAAACAUGACUCAGCCAAGGCAGACGAGGCAGAAGAGAGAAGAUGAAGAGGACUUUACACGGGCUGCUUUUGCCAAGGAGUCAGAGGUGCUGACUGGCAACCUGGGAGACAAGUUAAUCCCCCAGAAUGAGAUCCUGCGUGAUGUCAGUGACCUGAAGGCCCUGGCCAACCUUCAUGAAAGCAUGGAGUGGUUUGCUGGUCGCCUUAAGGUGUUCUUCACCACCCUCCCUCAGACCUCCAAUUCAAGAAUCUUUGGAUCAUAAAUGUGUGCAUGGAUGUAGACUCUGAAGGUGGGAACAGAAAGUGUUUGCACCAGUGGACGUCUUUCAUGUGCAGGCAAUAUUUACCCAGCAACACAAACACCUGAGGGAAGCAUCUACCUGGCAGAUGUGUUGUUUUUCACGUUGAUCGCGCAGCGCUGCAUGUAUGAAUACAUUUGACUUGUUAGUCUUAAAUUUGAAAUCUUGAAAUGUGAAAUCUUAAUAGGGCUAUGCUAUAAUUGGAUCUAUUUUUUAUUUUGGUUGUAAAUUAGCUCCAAACAAUCCCAAAAAUCAUGUAUUAUUGAAAUUGUGUUCUCAUAAUCUCCUUUGCAAGAAUGCUUUCAUUCUGUUUUGCCUUAUGACUGAAGCACACAUCUGUCCCUUCUCAAAACUAAAUUCACACUCGGUAUUUUAAAAUAUAAGGACAAGUAAAGAUGGAAGACAAAACAAAACUAUUUUCAGCAUCAAGCUAUUUUUUCCCCCAUGGUUCAUUUUCUAAUGAUUGUUACUUCUGAAAAAGCGCAUUUAUACCCUUUUUUGGACUCCUGGGCUUCUGUAGCAGCUCUUGCCUGCUUUUGUAGCAUGUUUUGUUCAUGUGACUGAUUCAUCAAGUAGACAGUUGAGUUAAAUUAGUUGAUGUUUACUAGAAUUUGAAAUGGAUAAAUGUUACAGAACUGUUUCUUAUACAGGUUAACCUAAAAAUUAGAAAUGGUGCAAGAAUUCAUCUAUUUCGGUGAUUUAGACUGAGAGACCAUCUAAAGGCUCAAGAACCCUUUGCAGGUGUUUGGGAUUCAUUAGCUGAUUAGAGUGUGAUACUUUGAGGCUAGAAUAUUGAACCUUUUCACAAUAUUCUUGUCCAAAAUUUAGAAUUUGGGGUUUUCAUCAGCUGUAAGCCAUGAUUAUCACAAUUAUAACAAAUAAAGGCUUGAAAUAUGUGGCUUUUUAGGUUUAAUUACUUAAAUAUACUUGUGCUGCCCCAGUUUUUUUUCUGAAUUUUUCUGCUAGCAGCAAUUAAUGAACUUGUUCAUAAACGGUGUGUUCUUGGUUUAACAUGAUCAUCAUUAGGGGGUGAAGAUUUUAGGCCUCCAAUUAGUAACCCCCAAAUUCCACUACCUCCGCUCCGCUCCGGCACGAACUCCACAGCAAAAUCGGUCCCGUUGUAGUCAAUCAGAGCAAUUCCACUACUGCGGCCGUGCUGCGGCAGUGCGGCGCAGCGCGCCGCCCUCUGUUCCGGCGUCCGGCAAAAAUAGAAUCGAUCCUAUUGGACGCCGGAGCACCUUCGCAGUCAAUGGACAGGAAUCACAACCGCCCAACAGGAAAGGGAGCAAGCACAGCUUCCGUUAUUUCACAAUAAAUCGAUAAACAAAAAGCGUUUUUUGUUUCAUAUGCACAGGUUUAACAACUUUUAACAACUAUCAAUGGCAGCUGAACUUUAAAUGCACAAAAUAAGCCAUAAAUACAGUUUCCACUAUCAAAGUAGUCACCCUUUGGUGAUCCAAACACUGCUGAUCUCUCAACACAAAUGAUGGGCAGAUUAAACUGUUCAUUUCGAUGCUUCUCCUACACAACGGGUGUUUGGAUAUAACUUCCGCGUUUAUUGCUCUGACUGUAUCGCAAGAUCUCGAAAAUCCCGCGCAUGCCUGUUUGCGCACCUCAGGUCUCCGCACCGGAGCGGAGCCGUUGUAGAGCGGGUACCAGUAAAAAUUGAGUUCGGAAGCGAGCGGCUGCGGAGGGCGGGGGCGGAGCGGAGCGGAGGUAGUGGAAUUUGGGGGUAAUUAUGUCAUCUCCUUUUAACAAGAGACUGCUGUCAUCCUACUGCCUUAGAAACGACUACAGUCAGUCCUGGACUUUAAGAUUCACCGGUAAGCUUACUUCACUGUAUUUAACUGGAGGAUUUCAUUACUAAACUAUCAAGUUUACUAGAAAUGCCUGAAGUUCAAGUUUGAGAUGAUUUUGGAUUUGACUCUUGAAAGUAAUUUAUGGUUAUUGUUAGUCUGGGCAACCGUUCAGGUUUUGGUUACAGAUGUUCAUCCUUCACCAGAUGCAGCAAAAAUAAAUAUCAGCUGCUCUUCUUGCUCAUUCAAUCUGUUGUUUAUGUGGCAUGUAGUACUUAAUGCUUGUAAAUUAUUGUUUUUUCCCCCACUGUUUUUUGUCAUUAUUUUUUUCUGUUGAGAAGAAGAGGUUGUCUCUGAUUAUUAUAUUUUUAAUGGCUCUUUUUGCAUAUGCAUCUCUCACUGCUUCAUAUUGUUUCAGUGAUUCUCCUCAGCAAUCAGCAGUGCAUUUGGCCAAGCAGGACACCGCAUGUAGCUUUAGAUGUGCAAACAUGAACUGUCCCUGUCAGUGUGCACCUGCAUGCUGAGUGUUUGUGUGAAGAUCCCAUCACUGAUCUUCUCCCUCAAUGUCUACCAGGCUCAUCCUCCGCACAUGGCAAGCAGCAGAUGCUUCCCUUAGAUGGAAUUCAAUAAUAAUUGGAUAAACAUAGUGCACUCUAGCAUACACAUGCAUACAUGCAUGCUUACACAUGAGUGCAUAAAGAAAUCCAAGAAAAUUCAGAAACUCACAUUUAGUCAUGCACACACAAAGAAGUCAUCAUUUAAGAGUUGGUGGUGUUUUAGAUGUAAAGGUAGCAAGAAAAGGAAAACAGAGCAAAAAAGUUGUCAGUCGGGACCAAUGAGUCGUCUCCUUUAGCCCGUCUGUCCCUGAGUCUAAUGGUGCCCCCCCAUGCUGCGAUGCCUCCCUCGCAUCAUCAAAGCAGCACAGGCCUGCGACGUCAGGAAUUGGAGUUUAUUUUUAUGCAUGUGUGUGUGUGUGUGUGUGUUUGUGUCUGUGUGUGCGCUUCAUAGAGGCCCCCCUAGAGAGACCUCCUGCUGCGUGUGCCACAGUAAUCCCCUCUUUUUUCUUUCUGUCAGAGUGACUGAUUGUAAUGCACAUGAGAGGAAACAGGCCUUUGAGUCACUUUCAUGCAUAUGCCCAUGUGCAUAUACACUGGCACUUCAUGGAGGGGAAACAAACACCCCUGCCGGGGCAGAGCAUGUUGGACGUGUCCCCCCUUCCAGAAGCAACAGAGACUAAAAUGUUUUAUUACAUAAAUGUUUUAUAUGAUGUGCUUUCGUUACCGUCAUUUAAUCCAAAAAUGCAAUUAUUGAUUCUGAAUAUACAGCCCUCAUACUGAUUAUUACAGCACUUAUUAAUAGUGCAGUGACCUUUUUGUUUUGGCAAAGACGAUUAUCAAAAAGUGGGUGUAUUUCUUGGGAAACAUUUGUUUCUCAAAAUGAAAACAGCAGACUUCCAGAAAACAAAAGACAGCUGGAGAUUGCUAAUUAAGCUUGUAGUGCUGUAAUUGUUCUUAAUGUGUCUUCAUCUUUUAUUACGGUAAAGAUGGCAUUGGCACAGUGAUUUUCUAGCUUGGCAAACCAUCCUAUAUAUGUGAAUGUGUAGUCUAGCCACAACCCAUAGAAAGAGCUCCGUCGAGGGGUGGAAUCUACGGUUGUCUUUCAAACUAUUGGACUAUUGGGCAAACUAUUUGCAUGCUACUGGACAACAAACAAUGUAACAAACUUUCUGUUAUGGAUAUCAGUCAACGGGACAGUCCGCCAUACACCGUUGAAGAUGCAAAUACAUAAUUUUUCUAAAUAACGGACUUAGUUACCUCUAUCUGCUGUUGACUCAAAUAAGAAGUCUAACUAGUCCAAAAAUUCCAAAGCCAUUUCAGAUGAGCUGCCAUCAUCUCAGUUGUUCCCACCCACCAAACCAAUGGAGCACCGUGAUUGGACCACCAGACUGAUAGAGCCCUUUGAUUGGCAAGACAAAAGACAGUUUUGGCCUGCUGAGGUUCCAAUGGAGCAUGGCUGGACUGACAUGCCGAGCAAAAUCAUUUUUAUUUUUUUAGUUACUGUCUGUCUAGGUUUCUAGGAUAGUGUUUGUCUGCUUUCACAAUUCAAAUCUGUGAGUUGUUGCAUGUGCCAUUGCUCUUUGGUCCUCUUUUGAUCUUUUAGAGUGGCUGUUUAGGAUACUUGGUUUCAUCGGUCCUUUCAACAAUCAUUUUGGCAACAACUUUGUGUUUUGUUGUUUUGUAUUUGAUAAGUUGGCUGGGUAGAAUAAACUGCUUCAGCUAAACGCAAUUAAAUUAGGUCGAUUAAUGUUGUGGUACUCUAAUCUCAAGAGAAAUUUGUAUUUGGAUAGUUUUUAAUCAAGAACAAUCGUUGUUGUUGCAGCCACUUAUUUGGGUUUAUACUGGUCUAAAGAUUUACUUUUGCCCUGCUUUCUUCAUUGUUGUUUUUAUUUAUUUUUUUGUUGCAAAUAUAUUUUUCUGAUCUUAGUAUCUUUCAAGUGUUUUUACAACUGUGUCAGUGUUCACGGACCAUUUAAGAGCCUUGCUGAUGUGCACCCCCAGAAAUGUAAAACUGGGCAACCUCUCUACCUUCUCACCCUUAACCUCGAGUGGCCUGAGCUCCCCUCUUCACCUCCUGAAGUCAAUAACAAGUUCUUUAUUUUUCAAACUCGAGUCCUUUUCUGCACCUUGUCUCUGUUCCACUCCUGCGAUGAAUCUUGGAGAAGCCAAUCCAUGGAGAUCUCUGCUCUUCUCAUCUCCGCGGCUGGAUUUGGGGUAUAUUAUGGAAAGUACACAAAGUUGCAUCAUCCUUGCAAACGGCCAUGAUACAGUGUUUUUUUUUUCAAGCGCAAAACUAA